GAUCAGAAGGAGACAAGAGCCAUGGCAACCAGAGGCAGAGCUAAACCAAUCUUGAUCUUGGCAUUUCAACUGCUUCUCAUUGGUGGCUUAGUCCCGUCUGUUUGCAUGGAGUGGAGUGGAAGAGGAACGCUUGCCGACUACGAAGUGGCAUCCUUUGACAAUCCCAUCGAGAAAACAGUAACGGUGACAACUCAGCUGGAUCAUUUUGCUGUACAACCAGAAACGGGAGACGUGUACGUCGGCGCAGUGAAUUACCUGUAUAAACUGAACAAGGAGUUGAAACAGGUCACUAACGUUAGCACAUGCUCGGAAGACACUUGCUUGAGUUACAAUAAGGUUCUGGCGUUGCAUGCUGGUAUGCUUAUCACUUGUGGCACUGAGCGGCCCAAUUCAGAUCAGUGCCAGUUGAGAAGUCAGGAUGAUCUAGAAGGUGAUGGAAGCAGGAGAGGCCGAGUUGUAGCAUUUGGUACAAAAUCAACAGCAAGUAUUAUUGCACCUGUGGGUAUGAACCCAAGCACUCCAAGACUGUAUAUCGCAAAUACUUAUUCUACUGAGGGAGACUAUCAGGACAUUCAACCUAUUGCAAGACGACUGGUUUCAAGUGGCGGAGGGUUCAUGUUUGCCGAUUCUGGGACAGAUGCAGUUCAAUUCACAAGUGGCUAUACAGACGGUAGCAAUCCAUUUCCCAUCAGUUAUGUCAGUGUGUUUAAUUGGAAAGGGUUCACCUACUUUGCCACUUUCCAAAAGGAAGAUUUGCCACCAUUAAGUGCUCACAUUUCAAAACUAACUCGCCUCUGCCACAAUACUGACAAUGUUCGCUCUUACACAGAGAUUCUCAUUGAGUGUAGAGGACCCAGUGGACUGUUCAGUUUGAUACAGGCUGCUCAUGUUGGACCAGCAGGCCCACAUUUGGAGGAGUCAUUAGCAUUGGAUGACAAUGAUCAGGUGUUAUAUGCUGUGUUUGCAAGGGACAAACAAGCUGGAACCAGUAAUAAUCCAGUUCCCGCGGCUGACUCUGCACUGUGUGUUUACAAGAUGAGAGACAUUGAAGCUGCAUUCAGCGAGGCUGUCCGGGGAUGUAUUCAGGAUAAUGAUGAUAACUAUGAAAUAGGCAUAUUCACGGGAACAGUCUGUGGUAACCAGCCAAGUGUCGAUCCCGAGUCGUUUCUCUGCAAUACUGGGAACCAUUACCGAUAUGCCACUGGGAUAACUCCAGUUGUUGGCACAUCAGUCGUACAUCUGCCAGGCCAUUUAGCAUCGUCCAUUAUCACCAGCACUGAAUACAACCACACCAUGGCUUUCAUCGGAACAACAGAAGGGCAACUCUUGAAGGUGCACAUUGAGAGUAGUACCCUUGCCCGACUCUACGAGAGUGUAACACUUGAUGGAGAACCAGUUAUGAAAGAUACAAUGCUGAAUGAGACUAAGGAAGAGGUGUUUGUACUCACAGAACAACAGCUGAUCAGGAUGCGUGUUGAGAAUUGUGGUCGGUACACAACCUGUGAGGCGUGUAUUGGGACUGAUGCAGGGAAUGAUGGAGACCCAUACUGUGGAUGGUGCACUCUGGAAAGAAAGUGCACUCGAUACCAUGACUGUCCACUGCAGGAUGUGUCGACUCGUUGGUUGGCCUACAACGAUGCCCAGUGCAUUGAAAUCAGUCAAGUCAUUCCCCAUAACAGCCUGCCAAUCACGCUGACUGAUCAGCAGAUAAUGUUGACAGUGCAGCAGUUACCAGCUCUGCUUGAUAGCUGGCAGUAUGAGUGUCGGUUUGAAGAACAUUUCACGAGCCAGGCAACCAACUACAAUGGAGAUAGCUUCAAUUGCAUGACACCACCAGCAAGCAACAUACCUGCAAUACCAAGUGGAGAAGACCAUGUGACAGUUACACUGAGCGUCAUGUCUACAGAGACAAGUGUGGACUUUGUCGAUAUCGACUUCAGCUUCUACGAAUGUGACACCCACAAAACCUGUGUGUCCUGUGUUGGAAGCGAGUGGGCCUGUAAUUGGUGUGUGUUUGAGAACAAAUGUACUCAUGACAACUCUACGUGCUCUAAAAUGAAAGAAAUCUUCGUAACAGGACAAUAUAGUCGAGGAACUGCAAUGCAGGGACCUGUCUCAUGCCCUCAGCUCCAACCCCAACCUGGUGAAGUGCUGAUCCCUAAUGUCAUCCAAAGGGAGAUUAAUGUCACUGUUGACAACCUACCAGAUGCAUCAGAGACUACAAGCUUUCUGUGCAGCCUUGAUGUAGAGGGAUCUGCCCAGAGUGUAGCUGCAACUCGUGCUGAUUCAACUGUGACCUGUGACUCGAAAGCAUACAAUUACACAGCCACUGUGCAAGAAUUGAAUGCAUCUCUGACACUGCAGUGGACAGACAAGGAUAACGUCAUGCACACCCUGGAUGAUACAUAUGAUUUCACAGUGACACUGUACAAGUGUGAGGUCUUGCGUCCUGACUGUAGCCGUUGCAUUUCUGACGAAACUACCCGUGCUGAGCUGGGAUGCAUGUGGUGUGGGGAUACCUGUGGGGUGACAGAGAGCACUGUGUGCAUGACAGCUGACGAGAAGGUUACUCUGCAGGACAACCGGAACUGCCCUGAUCCAGUACUAAUGCAGGUGUAUCCGCUAUUUGGACCUUUUGAAGGGAACACUCUACUGACAGUGUCAGGGACUGACAUAGGACUGCGAUACAGUGACGUCAGAGAAGUGACACUCGGAGGCGAACAAUGCACUUUGGAGAAUUACGCGUACAGUACUGGAUACAGCGUCAGCUGUCGUACGCUAGAAGGGGCUGCAACACGCAGGCGACGCGAUGUGACACCACUAACCCUGCAAGUGAGGAUUACUGGUAGAGAUGGAACGAUGCAGACUAGUCAGGGAGACGUGACUUUUGGAUACAAGGACCCUGACAUUUCGGGUUUCAGUCCCGAGAUAGGUCCACAAUCUGGCGGCACUAGGCUGACAAUCUCCGGCCAAUCUCUGGAUGCUGGGAGGUUCAUCGAAGUGUUUAUUGAUGACAUGCAGUGUGCUGCUGAAAGAGCGAUAGUCACUGAUGACAGUAUCACCUGUAUCACAUCCCGUGCUGACAAUCUCGGUUCUUGGAUAGUGAAUGUCUCAUUUGAUGGAGCAGAAAGACUCUCAAUGGCCAACUAUACAUACACCGUGGAUCCAGAUGUGGAGGAAAUCAAUCCAUCUACCAGUGUCUUAGCUGGUGGUCGAGAGCUGACAGUCAACGGGUCUGGUUUCUCAAUCAUUCAACAACCACAGAUAGUCAUCACCUACGGGGAUAAUGAACAGGAGUUUGUCGGGAACUGUAGCGUGACAAGUGAUGACAAAAUGAUCUGCACUUCACCAGAAAUCAAUCUUCCCAAUCUGGUCCUGGAUGCGGACACCAGCGUGAACGUAACCACUGGCUUUAUCAUGGAUGCCGUGGAAGCCCUCCGAACCUGGUGCUCUGUCGACCAAAAUGAUGGCUGUACACCUCUGGAGUACUUCCAGAAUCCUGAAUACUACCCCUUCAAUGAUCCUCUGUAUGAAAAUGAGGAUGGCAUUGAGGAGAGAACAGGGCCUGAGCUGACUGUUAAGGGAGCGAGACUGAAUCUAGCGAUAACAAAUGAAGAGGUAACGGUCUACGUCGGGAAGUCCCUGUGUACCGCUGUGACUGUGGGUGCGGGUGCUCUGUCAUGCAAAUUACCUGUAGAUGCGCCAGCUGCUGGUGAUUACCUAGGCAUGAAUGCAACGAGGGGUCUACCUGUUGUUUGGGUGAUUCAUGGGACCACACUAUCCUUCAACAUUGGUUACUUCCAGUACCCAGUUGAUAAUACCGUACUAAUUGUAUGCGUAGUCAGUGUUGGCGUGCUGGUGUUGGCUGGGUUGUUAGCUGUUGGCCUAUACAAGAAAUCCAAGGGAGCGCAGGAGGAAGUAGACAAGCGUCUGGACGAUAUCGACAACGUGCAAGCGAAACUGGCUGAUGAUAUGAGAACAGCUUUUGCUGAGCUGCAGACAGAUGUUUCAGAUGUGACCAGUGACUUGGAAGGGAUCGGCAUGCCGUUUAACAGUCACCGCGAAUACGCCACCAACAUGCUGUUCAUAGGCCAAGACACCAAACCAAUGACAACUGACCCUGAGAAUCCUGAGGAGCAUGUUGAGAAGGCAAUGAAGAAGUUCAGUGAUGCCCUCGGCAACAAGACGUUCUUGCUGAUGUUCCUACAGACACUGGAUGCCCAGAGCAAGGCCAAACUCUCCGUCAAAGACAGAGGAGCCAUUGCUUCCUUGUUGACUGUAAUCAUGGUGGCUGAGGGCAAACUGGACUACCUAUCUGACGUGCUGUUCAGUUUGAUGGCUAAGCUGGUGCAAGAUGAACUGGAUGCCAACAGGCCUAGGCAGCUCUUCCGUCGAACGGAGACCAUUCUUGAGAAGCUGUUGUCCAAUUGGAUCACUCUGUGUCUGUAUGAUUCACUGAAGGAUCACACGGCCUACCCCUUGUUCGUUCUGUACCGCGCCAUCAAGUGUCACAGUGAGCACGGACCCAUGGACAUCAUCUCUGGCCAGGCCAAGUUCACGCUGAGCGAUGAGAAGCUACUCACUGAGGACAUUGAUUACCGAGAGAUGGUGCUUACUGUCAUUGUGAACAAUGCUGAUGGGGAGACCAAAGAAGUCAAGGUGCUAGACGUGGACACCAUCUCCCAAGUCAAGGAGAAGAUCCUGGAUGCCAUCCAUCGCAGCCAGCCUUACUCCAGGAGGCCCAGCGCCGAUCAAGUCGAUCUAGAAUGGCAUGCUGGCGCUAAUGGACGUCAAAUCCUGCGUGAUGUGGAUCACACGAGUGUCACGUCGGAUGGAUGGAAGAGAGUGAAUACACUCCGGUUCUAUCACGUUCCUAACAAGUCUACCAUGGCCUUAUUGGGAGGAUCAUCUGGCACUCAGAAGCCAGCAUCAGACGAUAACGUGUACGUGAAUUUUGGGUCUGACGACACACAAGCGAGUGCUUCUGCCAGUAACUACAUGCCCAUGAAGCCUGCUUCCCGGCCACCACGCAGUAACCGUUUCACUAUGGUAGAGGCACCAGACGAUGAUGCCAAAAUCUGGCAUCUGCUCAAAUGUGAGGAGAGCGACUAUGGUUCUGCCGACGCAUCUGCCACCAAACGUCGCAACAAGCGCUUGUCCAAACGCCUGUCCAUGAUUGCAUCACGUCCCAAGAAACGGAUCCGUGAGCUCUACAUCCCAAGACUCAUCAGUACUAAGGGCACCAUCCAAGAUUACAUCAACCGCAUGUUCCAGGCCAUCUUAAAUGCCGACACUGCUCCCAAGGCUGUCAAGUACCUGUUUGACUUCUUUGACAGCCAAGCCGUCAGACACAGCAUCCAAGACUCUGAGGCGGUCAGGACCUGGAAGGGCAACAGUCUGUCCCUGCGUUUCUGGUCCAAUGCCAUCCGGCGUCCUGACUUCAUCUUUGAUAUCCGACCCUCUCGCUCUGUGGAGUCCAGUCUAGGAAUCAUCGCCCAGGCCUUCUACGAUGCCCACAAUGCCAGCGAUCAGAAACUCAGCAAGGAUUCGGACCUGAGCAAGCUGCUCUUCAACAAGGAUCUGCCUCGCAUUCAGUCCCUGGUAGAGGAUUACUACGACGGCAUCUCCAACAAGCCACGAGUGACUCUACAAGAACUCAACAAUGAGAUGUCACAGACUUCCCAGAGUUUCACGGGUCUGUUCAGCAAGCUGAGUACCCUUCUGCAACUCUGGCACUACGUCAAGAAAUACAACACCAAGAUUGUGGAGGCCUGCGAGGAUGAUGACGCUUGUAAGAAUGAGCAUCUUGCCUACAAGCUGGUUGAGGUGGAGACGAUCCUGGACAAUGAAGACUGCGACGCACAGGAGGCUGUCUAAAACAGCCCGCACGGGCUGUAAGCAUGGCUAUGGAUACAUGAGUAUGGCCACAACAGUGAUUAUGGCCUGUAAGUGUAAGCAUGGCUAUGGAUACAUGAUUAUGGCCACAACAGUGAUUAUGGCCUGUAAGUAUGGCUAUGGAUACAUGAUUAUGGCCACAACAGUGAUUAUGGCCUGUAAUUGUAAGCAUGGCUAUGGAUACAUGAUUAUGGCCACAACAGUGAUUAUGGCCUGUAAGCAUGGCUAUGGAUACAUGAUUAUGGCCACAACAGUGAUUAAGGCCUGUAAGCAUGGCUAUAGAUACAUGAUUAUGGCCACAACAGUGAAAAUGGCCUGAAAGCAUGGCUAUGGUUACAUGAUUAUGGCCACAACAGUGAUUAUGGCCUGUAAGUGUAAGCAUGGCUAUGGAUACAUGAUUAUGCCCACAACAGUGAUUAUGGCCUGUAAGCAUGGCUAUGGAUACAUGAUUAUGGCCACAACAGUGAUUAUGGCCUGUAAGCAUGGCUAUGGAUACAUGAUUAGGGCCACAACAGUGAUUAUGGCCUGUAAGCAUGGCUAUGGAUACAUGAUUAUGGCCACAACAGUGAUUAUGGCCUGUAAGUAUGGCUAUGGAUACAUGAUUAUGGCCACAAACAGUGAUUAUGGCCUGUAAGCAUGGCUAUGGUUACAUGAUUAUGGCCUCAACAGUAAUUUAGAGCUGAGAUAUGUACUUUUCAUUACCCAGCAUUUUUUUUUCUACAGGUGUGACUUUACACAGAAACUUUAUAAUUGAUUUUUUUUAAUCAGCAUUAGAUUAAUCCAUGUGAUAUAUAUUUCAGAUCUGGUCUUUGUACAGCAGAUAACCAAAUCAGAAAACAAAAAGCGUUCAGUUUUGCUUCUUGGCUGAGAAUGUGUUUGUGAUGACGACAGUGUGAAGAAUCAUGUCUAAAUAACUGCAUCAGUACACAGAUAUAUAACUUACACGGGAACAUACAUGUACAAAUUACUGAGCCUAUAUUUGAAAACUCGCAUACAUGUAUCAAUUUAUUCAGAAGAAACUGCAGUAAAUUGAUAUGUAAGGGAACAAACAGUGACAGUUUCUCCUUUGUGUAUUUUGGGUAAAUUAAAGUUGAUUUUUUUUAGCGACUUUGAAUUCCAGCAAUAAGGAGGGACAAGAAAGAAGAAAAAAACGAAAAUCUGCUGAACUGAUAAAAUAUAAAACAAAUAAAUGCCUUCAGGUUUUUGGGGAAAAUGCAAGAUUUGGGGUGCAUAUUUUAGGGUAUUGCAAGUAUAAUCAAAUGACAUGUAAUUUUGAAAUGCUGGAAUAUGUGAAGCUGGGUUUCACAGCAGUUUUUUUUAACCUUGCAUGAAAUGCAACAAAAAGCUUUUUAAAGUAGGUUUUCAAAGUGAAUAAACAUGUCUUCUGCCAAAUUUUACACAAGGAAUGCAUGCCAACUUGCGGAAAUGUAAGUCAAAUAAUGUAUAAUGUGAUUUUUUUAAUUUAUGCCAAUGCUUUUUGUAAUCAUGGAUCUGAAAUUGUUUUAAUCAGUUCUGUACUAGCAUUUUAAAUAUCUUGAUAAUAAAUGCAAAAUAUUGGUGGAGAUUU